AUGAUUUCUCAAACCUUUCGUGAAAUUAUUGAGGCUAAUCCAUCUACACCCAUUUCAACCAUCAUAGCCCACAUCAAGUUGACCAUGGGUUAUACAAUUAGUUACAAAAAGGGAUGGUUGGCCAAGCAACAUGCCAUUGAAAACACCUUUGGAAACUGGGAGGAGUCAUACAACAAGUUACCAGGUAUGUUGCAAGCAAUGCAAAUGUAUGUUCCAGGCUUUAUUUGGAAAUUUAAUACGCAACCGGCUUACCAAGGUGGCUUAUUGGAAGAGGGGAAUGUUAUAUUCAAAAGGUUAUUUUGGACCUUUAAACCAUGCAUUGAUGGUUUUGCCUUCUGCAAACCAAUUGUUCAAGUUGAUGGAACCUUUUUAUACGGCAAAUACAAAGCUUAUGGGAUGACUGAACCUAAAUUCUUAUACUAUUACAACAUAAUAAGAGAUACUAAUGUUGAAGCAGCCCAAUGGUUAGACAACAUUCCUAGGAAAAAUGGACACUAG